AUGAGCUGCUUCACACCAAACUUCGUCGUCGCACUUCGCAAACUCCUACAUCGACAAAUAAGACAGCAUGUGCCAACCUAUGAGGUUGAUUCGACUCUGCUCAAGACAACGUUGAAGCAAAAGUUUGGUCCAGAAGGUUACUCAUUGGACGCCGAGCUUGAGAAGUGUAGGCCGAAAGUUUUGAAAGAAGAAGAAGAAAAGAGGGAGAAGGGGAAGAGGUCAACAUCUGAGAGGUGGAGGGGGAGGAAGGUGGAGAGAGGCAGAAAGGGAAAGAGUUCAAGGGCGUUUUUCACCGAACAUGACUAA